UACAACCAGUCUCGCGCCGAGCGUCGUUCAGUGUGUAUCGUUCCAGAAGGUGAUUUGUGUACAUCGAAUCAGUGAGUUAAUAAUUUCCGCGAACUCGAAACGAACUAUCGUGUGUGCGUGACAGACGUGUGACAUUUCUUGCGCGGAGAGAGCGAAAAUACAGGAUUAAUUUAUUUGCAUCUAACGAUCAGGAACAAUUUAAGAUGGAGUAAAGGAAGGACAUUUGUUUCGUAGAUCGCAACGGAAGUCGUCGGUGAGAGUAAGGUCCGUGUAAAAGUGGCAGGAACACGCGUCGCCAUGGGUACCGAGUGUUGUGGCCUGCGGGUGUAGUGCGAACCCCGUAAUCGUGGGUAAGAGACGGACGAAACGAGAAAAAAAAACGGGAGAGAAAGGGCAGAAGAGAGAGAGAGAGAGAGAGAGAGGGGAGAGUGAAAGGAGCAGGAAGAAGAGGAACGUAGAACGCGUGGACAAGCGGGAUCGGCUAAACUUUGAAAGACUGCUCUUCUGUGGCUGACGACAAGGAUAAGGGUAGCAGAGGAAGAGAGAAAGAAUAAUGCGGACUCGUUGCUUCCGCUUUGAUCAACAGGACGUUCGGAUCUGCUCGUAAUUCUGCGAGGAGAUCUAACGAACGAACGGUGAGAUGACUCGAAGGAGAAGAGUGGCUUUCGGGUUAAGAGUAUGCACAGGUGUACUCCUGUUGCUCUUCAGCACCGUAACUGCAGACACGACGAAAGGGCCACCGACGAGCCCAGAUAAAUUAUUCUCUAUCAAUGCGUCCCUAACAGUACCCCAAAAGAACAAAACGAUUCUAACAGAAUUCGUUUCCACCGAAGACAAAAAUGAAGCCAUUAAUUCGAAUCGAAAGAAUAUCGAAACGAUACACGGCGAACUUACUAAAGAUGCCAAAGCAGAAGACGAAGAGAAAGUGCCAAUGCCGAUCGACGAGGAGUCUGAGGUGCAGGAAAUUAGGUCGCCCGAUGAACUGGACAGGUUAUCGACCGCGAAUUCGACUGGAGGAUCGAAGUUGGGGGAGAUCCACUAUGAGACUUCCGGAAAGAGUUCGAGCACGAAGACCGUCACUGAAGACUUCGUCAGACUAUCGAGAACAAACAGUUUAACUACAGUAACCGCGAAACCCGUGUCAGAAGAUGAGAAAAAGAAUAAAACGACGUCUGAGGAUGAUGUCAAACAGUCGAACAAAACUUCACCUUUGGCAGAUGAUAUGAAAGGUAAAAUUUCAAAAGAAUCUGCUUUGAAUUUGGAAACGGUUGAAUCAAACAUCGAGAAAGUUCAUUCGGAGCAGUUUCAAGAAAGGAGAAAAAAGGCUGAGCAUUUUAGUUCAACGAAGAACUCUGAAGUUCCGGAUUUGAAAGAAGCUGACGAGAAUAAAGAGGAGGGAUCUAUCUCGUUAAUCAACGACACGUACGUCAACUACAGCCCCUAUUACAAAACGUCGACGGAGAAGAACCUUGACUCAGGAAACCAGUCGAGGGCCUUUGAGAACGCGACCAACACCGAGGGUGGUGCAGUGACUCACGAGUCCCAAGAUCCCAAGGAGGAGGUGGAGGUUGUGGGAAACGUGACUCAGCCAGUGAUUCAAAGACUCGUGGAACAGCAGUCCCAAAGUUCGACGCUGAAGGACGUCAGCCCCGGUGAGAAUGAAUUGAGUCAGAGAUCGAAUCAGGACGAGGACUCUUCUCGUCAUUCCACGAAGGUCACCGAAGCAAUCGAGCAACAAGAACUAAUCAGCGAGAGGAAUCAGCAGAAAUUAGUGCAGAUUACGACUGAAAGAACGAAUCAUGAAGAGACGACCCUUCAGGCACCUUCUAGUCCCGUUCCUAGGGGAAGAACUAUCGCUUUCUCGGGAGUCAAUGAAUUUCCCAAUUCGGAGACGAAGCCUACAACAUCUUUAAGAUUGGAUACUUUGUUCUCGAAGAACAUCAGCACUGAUAAACCUUAUCCUUACGUGAAGUCAUCCAUCAUUGAACCGCUUCAUAAUUCUAGCAAUCAGCUGGACAUCACCACCGAGGAGGUGUCUGCCCUGCAGAAUACCAUUGGUAGAGGGGGAUCAGAUGAGAAGUUUAUCGUUACCGAAGCGUCGGAUGUUUUGGAAAACAGCAUUCAACAGUUCAAACCGACCUACUACGAGAAACCCAACAACGAAUCUUCAAGCACGGAAGCACGUUCGUCCAUACCGGUAACGACUCAGACCUCGGUGACGCUGAAAGAAGCCAAUCCGACCAAUAAGACUGUCGUCAAAUCAAUGGACCAGAAGGAGAUCGCAAAGUCCGAGGAAAAGGUGAAAAACGCGGGAAAUAACGUUCCUCGGUGGAGCGAAGGCCACGAAGCGAAGGAGAGCUUCGAUGUGACCGGCAACCGCAUCACGGAAGUCAGCCUAAAGCCGGAAAACGUCGAUAAGCGGACUUACCAGUCUCUGACAACGGAAUCUACCGCGGACCCGCAGACGGAGCUCGGAGUACUUUCGAACGUCGACGUGCAGACGAAUGCCGAGGGGUCUAUGCUGACUCGCUCGAGCCUCAAUGCCACGGAACUUUCUACCGAGUACCCGUUGAUCAAAGGGAAUUUUUCAGAGAAGUCGUCAGUUUCCCUCUCCCCUUCGGACACUACCACCAUCAGAAUAACCGAGAGCGCUACUAUGCUGCCCCCCACCACAGCUGCUGACACCGAGGAAACGUCUGCAGGGAACGUCACUGAGCCUCCUGGACUUCCUGACACCAGUGGAACGAACGAAAUCCCUUCCGAGGCAAGUGGCACUUCCAGCCAGGAAGAAAUUUUUGUACCCACCACCACCAGCGUCGAAUACGAGUUUGUUGGCCUUUCCGAAUCUACCACUUUUCUCAGCAGAAACGUAACCGAGGAAACUUCAGAGGGACAUGGGGCACACAGUGAAAUUUCCACGAUCCUGCCGUCGUUCACGAAAAAUUCUUCGAAUGAUUUUUCUACAAUAACUGGCGAAAUGACUACAGAUAACCCUUUAUCCACUGAUGAGAUCGAAGUGACUAGUACUGAUGAUAGAGUUUCUAGCGUCCCAAUGACUGACCCAACUGUUGUUGCAACUACAUUGCCUAAUUUGACGACACAGUCCGAUGAUUUUACCACUGACUCGGGGGUUAUUGAAACCGAUCAGACUUCUACUAGGAGGGAGGAGGAAGUUCAGAAGACGAUUAGUGUUACAGAGUCUUGGUUUACUAGUGAUAGGGACACUACAAUUAAAAUAGAAUAUACAACUUUACCGGAUUCUAAAGACGCUAAUUUGGUGUUGAAUAUUACGGAAACCUCUGCGGAAUUCACGACGAUGUCGGACAUUAGCUCGACAGAUACUACUCGAGUGACUACUCCGAUCCCUUUUGUCCCGAGUCUGCAACCUAAGAUCCCCAUAUCGAGUACCGUAGCUCCUCCAGCUGUUUCCGACAUACCGAUUAGGGUGACAGACGACACGAAGGUGGCGCCCACUCAAGUAGAGGUUACCUCUCUGGUCCGCAUUGUUAUGGAAGGCAGCCUAUACGACGUGUGUCUCAAGAAGAAGGAGCUGAAGUCGGCCCUUGCGGAAAUUUUAAAUACUGGCAUGAACAAGUCGAUAUCUGACGAGCAAAUUAUCAUUCAUCAAGAUCCAUGCCAGGAAUCUCCGACUUCGACUCCAACAACAUCGGACAUGACAUCAAUACACGUUUACGUCGUUGACAAAGAUGGAAAAUUGGAUACUGCUAUGACUAACAUUUUGCCGACCUUGUACAAAAGUUCUCAUGUGAAGUUUCCAAUUACAAUACACAGCUUUCUUCUGGUACAGGGAACAAUUCCGGACUCCGGAAACGCGAUAGCGGUCGUCGUGGUCUCCUCGAUUGCCUUCAUUUGUCUGGUUCUACUGGCUGGUCUUCUGUUUAUAAUGAGGAAGAGGCAAACGAGGUUCAACUACGGCGAACGAUGUCGUCCAGUGUCUUUGGACGCUUAUAGUCUUGACAGUGUCUCUGCAUAUAACAGCGUUAGACGAAAAGGUGUGGCACGCUCGUCGAAAAGAAGCUAUGGGAAUCCUACCUUCGAAGAUUCGAGCGCGAUACCGUCCCAUCCCUUGAAUUUCGCCGGGCUUUCAUCUUUCUGUAACGACGUUAAUGCAAUCAGCGAAGAAUUCUCCAACAUUCCGCAAGUUUCGGCGAAGAUAGACGAGAUGCCAACCGGCGCGGAAGUGAAGAACCGAUACGCGAACGUGAUACCACUUCCGGAGACUAGGGUGCCUUUGCAAAAAAUCAACAACGAUCCCCUUUCGGAAUACAUCAACGCUAGUUACGUUAGGGGACCAAAGAAUGCUACGAGAUAUUACAUCGCUUGUCAAGCACCAAUGGACUCGACCGUCACUGACUUCUGGAGGAUGAUCUGGGAACAACAGUCCAAAGUGAUUAUAAUGUUAACCGAUCUCGUUGAAAACGGGGUAGAAAAGUGUACUGAAUACAUUCCGCCCUCGGAAAUAACCGACUGCCACCGGUUGUACGGCGACUUCCAAGUUACUCUGAAGAAGAGGGAAACCAAAGAGAAAUAUGCCAUUUCUACACUUCAUUUAAAAAAUUUGGAGAACAACACGUUCCGAGAAGUGUACCAUAUUUGGUAUUUGUGGCCUGUCAAUGGGGCGCAAUCAGAUGGAGCCGGGUUAAUAGCUGUGCUUCUCGAAGCAAGAGCACUCCAAAGAGGUGGCCCUGGACCCAUUGUGGUCCAUUGUAGUCCCGGUACUGGACGCACCGGAACGUUAAUAGCUCUUGACCUAGGAAUUAGACAAUAUGAGAUUACGAGGACUGUGGAUGUGCCAAGGGUCGUUUACACUAUCAGACGAGACCGCGCUGGAGCUGUCCAGACGAAAGAACAAUACGCUUUCGUUUACAAGGCAUUACAUUUGUACGCGACCAAACUUGCCGGCGGUAUAUUAGAAUCAACAUGAACGACUGCAGAUUAAAAGGACAUCUAGCGAUAAGUCCUAACAGAAACCUACUGUAUCCAUAAAGGGUAUUCAUACCAGCGAAGAUGACGAAGAAAUGCGAGAUUAUGAGAGAUACAAGAUGCCAACAAUAUUUGGAUAAAGAAAUAAUGAUAAUUGAGCGAUGGAAGUUGAUUUGUGAUACGCGGACCAUAGCGACGAACAAAUUUCGCUUUGAUUCUUUGCUUAGCCCUCUCGAUAUUUGAACAUUUCAUUAAGAAAUACGAAACCUACGUUACCAUCUGUUUUGUCCCUUUUUUUGUCGUUAUCAGUGUUACUAUCAAUUAAUAUAGUUUUUUUUAAUUUUUUAUCUGAAUCUUACAGUUUUCGAUAUACAGUAAACUCUUGCUAUAUUGCCACUCUUUAUAUUGCUGGUUGGACGAAUUCUCAUUCACACAAGCUAGUGAUGCUUUUCCACUAUUGUAGCAGAUAGAAAUAAUUCACACAUGAACGGACCUGUCUAUAUUGCCAAUUCCAAAAAUUUUCCGCCCCUACGGGCUAUAUAGCAAGAGUUUAUUGUAAUUCUAAACGUUUCAUAAAUAUGGUAUUUUACUUAGAAUUUAACACAAACAUAUUUAAAUUAUUAUGUUUAAAAUUUACAAGAUGAAUUCAUUAUACAUAAAAUUAUAUAACAACUUAUGAGC